AUGGCACCACCAGUUAGUAAAAGAAUUAAGACGCUCUCAGUAAGGAGGCCGAUAAUAUAUGGUAAUACUGCGAAGAAACUAGGCGAAGUGAGGCCAGAAAAUGCACCUGCAGAACAUACCCAUUUAUGGACAAUAUUCGUUCGAGGUCCUCAAAAUGAAGAUAUAACAUAUUUUAUAAAGAAAGUAGUCUUUAAACUACAUGAGACAUACCCCAACCCAACAAGGGUAGUGGAGACACCACCUUUCGAAUUGACUGAAACAGGUUGGGGUGAGUUUGACAUCAACAUCAAGAUAUAUUUUGUAGAUGAAGCAAAUGAAAAAAUGCUGAGCUUUUAUCAUCGUUUGAGAUUACAUCCUUAUGUUAUUCCAGGUCCAGAAGGACAACAGAAUCCUGCAAGGAAUAUUACGGUUACCGAAAAUGGAGAAAUCAGAUCAACAUUUUAUGAUGAGAUUGUAUUUAAUGAACCUAAUGAAGAAUUUUUCAAGACCUUGAUGACUAAACCAGGUAAUUUACUUCCGGCAAAUAUAACAGAGAACCAAGUUUUUUCAAGGCAAUUGGAACAAGAAGAAAUUGAUAGAAUAGAUAUAGGUAUGACGAAAAUUGACGAAGAAAUAAAGAAGUUGAGGGACGAAUUAACAAAUACCAUAAAAGAGACGUAG